GGAGGUAAAGCCAGGCUGUACAGGUUCCGGGUGGGGGUGGUGGCAUCCCAGGUGCACCCUCGUCCUCCCCCUUCUCCCCGCUCCGGAGCCGGCGGAUUCGCUUUCGGUUGGGCGGCGGAGCCCGGGAACCGUGACUCCGGAACUAGCAGUAGAUGUCGCUGUCCAGAGUUCCCAGCUGUGACCUCCAUCUGGUUCGCACCAGCAGCACGUACCCACCUCCUUACCGCGCCUCCUAAAGAGGCGGGAAGGAUGACUACACUCACACGACAGGAUCUCAACUUUGGCCAAGUGGUGGCCGAUGUGCUCUGUGAGUUCCUGGAGGUGGCCGUGCACCUGAUCCUCUACGUGCGCGAGGUCUACCCGGUGGGCAUUUUCCAGAAGCGAAAGAAGUACAACGUGCCUGUCCAGAUGUCCUGCCACCCGGAGCUGAACCAGUACAUCCAGGACACGCUGCACUGUGUGAAGCCGCUUCUGGAGAAGAACGAUGUGGAGAAAGUGGUGGUGGUGAUUUUGGACAAAGAGCACCGUCCAGUAGAGAAGUUCGUCUUUGAAAUCACCCAGCCUCCACUGCUGUCCAUCAGCUCAGACUCCCUGCUGUCGCACGUGGAGCAGCUGCUCCGAGCCUUCAUCCUGAAGAUCAGCGUGUGCGACGCUGUCCUGGACCACAACCCCCCAGGCUGUACUUUCACAGUCCUGGUGCACACGAGGGAGGCCGCCACUCGCAACAUGGAGAAGAUCCAGGUCAUCAAGGACUUCCCCUGGAUCCUAGCAGAUGAGCAGGACGUCCACAUGCAUGACCCCCGGCUGAUACCCCUAAAGACCAUGACGUCGGACAUCCUGAAGAUGCAGCUCUACGUGGAAGAACGAGCCCAUAAAAGCAGCUGAGGGUGUGUCUGCCCCCCCGCCCGUCCCCCGCAGAUGCCACAGCUGUCGGACUUUGGGGGCCCUCAGCCUCAGGCAGCGCCGCAGGGCGCCCCUGAUUCCAAGUGCUCUUAUUGCCUCUGUGUAUGGAUGGCUCGCCCUCCAGCUCGGGCUGGCUGUCUGCACGGAGGAACUUCCCCAGAAGGGCAGGAAGGCUGUGGGACCUGCAUGCCUCGGCCCCCGGGGUUUCUCCGGCCAACGCUGCCUCAAACACUGUGCUGUGAGUUGUUUGAAUAAAGGGCCCCAAGGGCCGACCUGGGCUCUUA